AUGUCUGCCUCAAGACAGUACCUGACUGCCCAGACAGAUCUAGCUUCCCAAGAAGCAUCCGAGGCCUACGUACUCUCGGAGCCCUCCACAUUACACUCUGGAUCGCGGAGCCAAGAAAAAAAACCUCAAUCACCACCGCUGGACUGGCUAAGCCUCCUAAGGGCACUCCCCAUCCAGGAGAAUCUGAAGGAAACCACUAAGGCGUUACGCACCUCGAUUGGGAACGAUAUACAGCUCUUACGAGCAGACCUACAGGGGCUCUCUGACCGUGUGGUGCACGUAGAGGCUGACCAUGACAACCUAAUGGCAGCCCAGGCAGCCA